AUGGUUGUCCCUAAAGCUAAAGUACCUGACGUUCUACAGCUGUACCGUAUUAGUUGUUCAGGAGGCCAUCUGGGAGUUAAACGAACUCUACUAAAGAUCCGAGAACGUUUUUACUGGGUCUACUGUCGUGAUGAUGUCGAGGACUGGUGUUGCAAAUGUACAAGUUGUGUGGCUGUAAAGGGACCUCAGACUCGUAGCAGAGGUGCAUUGAAAUUGUACAAUGUUGGUGCAUCAUGGGCGAGGAUAGCACUUGAGGUUGCGGGGCUGUUUCCAGAAAGUGAAAGUGGUAACAAGUAUUUCAUGGUUGUGAUGGAUUACUUCACUAAGGGGCCAGAAGUCUUCGCCAUUCCAAAUCAAGAAGCUUCAACAGUUGCAGAUAAACUAGUUCAGAAGACUUCAUGA